GCCUUCCGAUUGGGCGUGAGGGCGGAGUAGGAGGAUGACGCGAGGAACGACGCGUGCCGUGAUUGGCUGAGCGCUGAAGGCUGGGAGGUGGUGUGCUGCCCCGCCCCCCGGGUGUGCGCGAGGCGGCGGCGCGUGGCAGCGGCGGCGGCUCCCGGGCUCAGAGUCCCGAGCGCAGGCGGCGGCGCCGAGCCCGGCCCGGCCCGGCCAUGACCGACUUCAAGCUGGGGAUCGUGCGGCUCGGCCGGGUGGCCGGCACGACAAAGUAUACGCUGAUAGAUGAACAAGACAUCCCAUUAGUGGAGAGUUACUCUUUUGAGUCCCAUUAGCAGCUGUUGUGGUGUGGUGAGGAAAACAUAAAUUCUGAAGCAACAAGUGUGGGCACUACAUGACUCAAUGGCUCGGAUGGAGGUAGAUGCUGAUGGAAAUGGUGCUAAAAUAUUUGCUUAUGCUUUUGACAAAAACAGAGGAAGGGGAUCUGGGCGUCUGCUGCACGAGCUACUGUGGGAGAGGCACCGGGGAGGGAUUGCCCCAGGAUUUCAAGUGGUACAUCUGAACGCAGUGACGGUGGACAACCGACUGGACAAUCUGCGUUUAGUCCCAUGGGGAUGGAGACCCAAAGCUGAAGAUGUUUCUAGUAAACAAAGGGAACAAAGUCUGUACUGGCUGGCGAUCCAGCAGCUUCCCACAGAUCCAAUAGAAGAGCAGUUUCCUGUGCUGAAUGUAACGCGGUAUUACAACGCUAAUGGGGAUGUUGUGGAGGAAGAGGAAAAUUCAUGCACAUACUAUGAAUGUCACUACCCCCCAUGCACAAUGAUUGAAAAACAGUUACGUGAAUUCAAUAUAUGUGGCCGAUGCCAGGUAGCAAGGUACUGUGGGUCUCAGUGCCAGCAGAAGGACUGGCCUGCUCACAAGAAGCACUGUCGGGAGAAGAAACGAACCUUCCAGCAAGAGCUCGGACCAGAACGAUGACCAGGUGGCACAGGCCUCUCAGCAGCAGGAUUCCUUCUCAAAGGCAUUGGACUCUUGCUUUUGCACAGUAAUGACAGACUGCUUAUUGAAGCCAGAGGCACUGAAGAAGACAAACCCUGUGAUGCUUGAGUAGAACAGCUGACUGGACUAAGCCAGCUCUGACUGGUGCUGUGGAAAGGGAUUGGGUCUUCCCUUCCAGUAUUAUAUUCUCAAGCAAAAAGACUACUGUGGAGGCUCCAGGCAGGAAGCUUCUCAUUAUUUAUAUGUUAAUAUGUUUGUAAACUCAUGUACAGUUUUUUGUUAGAAAUUCUCAAUAGGACUCAUUUACUGUAAUGUUCAGAUGAGAACACAUUGUUGGCCUACAAGUAAAAAAAACUGUCAUGUAGCAAAAGCUUUUCCUCCCAUGUGGCUAAACAAUAUCUGUGGCUGUUCCAAGGCCAGGAGACUGGCUCAGACAUCAGCAGUUACUCUGGAGAACUCUGCAUGGAAGUUAUAUUUUAAAAAAGCAAAACAAAGUAAAGGGUUGGAAUGAA